AUGGAAAUCGUGAACGAACUAUGUCCUUUGUGUACAGAGAAGAAUCCUACUGGUGCUCAAUAUGAUAUUUGGCUACAAUGUGAUGCUUGUUCCAUAUGGUAUCAUGCUGAUUGUUUAAAAAUUCCCGCUGUUGACUGCGAUACAAUUGAAAUCUUCCACUGUCCUUCUUGCUUACCUAUACAUGGUCCUAGUACUUGUAAGUAUGACAUUAUGUUUUUAUCCUUGUCUUUCUUCCUCUCUCUCUCUCUUUUUUUUUUCUCCUUUACCAUUUAUAAUCUGAAACCUCAACCAAGAAAGUCAAAACGCGAUAGUAUACGUUUGAAUUAUGCUGAUAUGAAUGAAGGACUUGCAGGUGAUGAAAAAAUCUGGGGCAAGAUGCUCAACACCAAGACAUUUGACAUGGACAGAUUCAAAAGAUAUAAAGGUGAUCAAGUCACUUUGGAACGUUUUCGGAAACAUGGAUUGAAGGAACCUUUUGUUAUAGAAUGUGAUCAAGAUCUUGGUAUGAAGAUGCCUUCAAAUGAAACAACAGUACAAGAUAUUGCAAAAGCUGUUGGGGAAGAUCGACCAGUAGAGGUCAUUGAUGUUGCUACUCAAUCGGAUAGUCCUGGUUGGACUAUGGGUAAAUGGGCAGAAUACUACAACAAUCCCGAUCGAGAUCGUAUCAGAAAUGUCAUAAGUUUGGAAAUCAGUGGAACGGAAUUCGGAAGUAGUAUUAUUCGGCCCAAACUUGUCAGGGAUAUGGAUUGGAUUGAUCAUAUGUGGCCUAAAGACCUUCGACCCAAAGAAUACCCAAAAGUUCAGCUUUAUUGUCUAAUGGGAACAAAGGAUUCAUAUACAGAUUUUCAUAUAGACUUUGGUGGAAGUUCGGUAUUUUAUCACAUUAUCCGUGGCUCCAAGAUUUUCUAUUUCAUUGAACCAACAAGCAAGAAUUUGAAAAGAUACCAAAAAUGGAGUUCAUCACCAGAACAAUCGUCAACUUUUUUAGGGGAUGAAGUCAAAUCAUGCUAUGCAGUACAUCUUAAGGCUGGAAAUACAAUGAUUAUUCCCACUGGAUGGAUACAUGCUGUAUAUACACCCGAAGAUGCUUUAGUGAUUGGUGGAAACUUCCUUCAUGGUUUGAACAUUGGUACACAACUACAAAUAUAUGAUAUUGAAGAAGCUACGAACGUCCCUGCAAAAUUUCGAUUUCCUUAUUUUAAACGAAUCAAUUGGUAUGCUGCUCAAAAGUACAAUUCUAUACUUCAAGAUGAUUCAUCAUCAUUAUCCAUAUUUGAAUUGCAAGGCAUCAUGGAUCUCGCUCAAUGGCUUCGAAAGGACGUAGAAUUAUUAGAAAAAGAUACAACCUCCAGUCAAGAACGGAAGAAUACUAGGGCUGACAUACCAUCAUCUAUCGAAGAUCCAUCCGAUUUGAUCUUCAAUCUCAUACAAGGAUCUAGUACUGCAACUCUCCAACAACCAAAACUUGUUCUCAAACUAAAACAACCAUCAAACAGAGGACAUGUUAGUGACGAUGAAUUUGUAGUCGACGAAGAAGAGGAAUUACUAGGCUUUGGCGAGGAGGAUUAUCUAGUGGAUGAUAGUGAUGAUUUUGAAUAUCAAGAAGAAGAUGACGAAUUCCAUCCGGAUGACGGUACCAAAUCAAUAUCAAGGCGAACUACAACAACUAAACGAUCAAGGAAACGAACAACAAGUAACAAUGCCAGCAAUAACGUUAAUAGCGAUAGUAGCAGCGAUGAUGAUAUGGGAACCUCCAAAAGGACUGCUGGCAGUUCUUCAGUAAGAAGACAUCCACUGACGAAACGAGCUAGAACACCUUCAGCACCAUCAACAGUGAAGCAACGAUUAUUAGAUAGAUUUGUGCGACGUUAA